GCAAAUAAUUAAAGUGCCAAAAUGCAGGUCUAGCGGUGGUAUUAAACAAACACACAGAGAAAAGGGUUUCAUUUCAUUUUCAUAGGGUUUUUCUCGGAGAGAAGUUGGCAAAGGGAAUCCCAGAGAGGAGGAAAGAGGCGCGAAAGAUCUAUUUCGGCACGAGAAGGUUCUCGAUCUCCAUAGCUUAGAGCACCCCACCGCCGCUUCUGCCCAGAUACCGCCCUACAUUUGCUGCUCAUAUUGACAGUAAAAACGGAAGCACCGGGUUUCAAGUUCGAAGGAACAAAUCGUGAGCUCUGAGGUGCUUGUGACUUACUUUUACCUUGAUUUCGUUUACCCAGUUAGGGUUUUUUUUUAUUUCUUUUUCGUUUGUGUGGCAUUCUGAGUCAUUUCUAUUUACUCCGUCCCAUUGCAGUACCUAGCAAGAAGAAGUACAAGAAGAAAAAGAUGCAUGCUCCGGUUGUUGUUCUCAAGGACUCCUUGAAACGCGAGUCUGGACAGAAGGUCCACCAUGCUAAUAUCCAAGCCUCAAAGGCUGUUGCGGAUAUUAUUCGCACGACCUUGGGUCCUCGAUCUAUGUUGAAGAUGUUGCUUGACGCUUCUGGAGGAAUCGUUGUUACUAAUGACGGAAACGCAAUUUUGCGUGAGUUAGAUAUUGCUCAUCCAGCAGCAAAGUCAAUGAUUGAGCUAAGCCGUACACAAGAUGAAGAAGUGGGAGAUGGAACAACAUCUGUUAUCGUUCUUGCUGGGGAGAUGCUACAUGUUGCAGAAGCUUUCAUUGACAAAAGAUAUCAUCCUACUGUCAUAUGUCGAGCAUACAACAAAGCUCUGGAGGAUGCUGUUGCUGUGCUGGAUAAAAUUGCUAUGACGAUUGAUGUGAAUGACCGUGGAACAAUGUUGAGCCUAGUGAAGAGCUGUAUUGGCACGAAAUUCACUAGUCAGUUCGGAGAUUUGAUUGCUGAUCUUGCAAUUGAUGCUACCACGACUGUUGGUGUUGACCUUGGCCAUGGUAUGCGGGAAGUGGAUAUCAAGAAGUAUAUCAAGGUUGAGAAGGUUCCUGGCAGCCAGUUGGAGGAAUCCAGAGUUCUUAAAGGUGUUAUGUUUAAUAAGGAUGUGGUGGCCCCUGGGAAAAUGAGGAGAAAGAUUGUUAAGCCACGUAUCAUUCUUCUUGAUUGUCCACUGGAGUACAAGAAAGGUGAGAACCAGACAAAUGCUGAACUGGUUAAAGAAGAGGACUGGGAACUUCUGCUGAAAAUGGAAGAGGAGUACAUUGAAAAUAUCUGCACCCAGAUUCUAAAAUUUAAACCAGACUUGGUGAUCACCGAGAAGGGUCUUAGUGAUUUGGCAACCCACUAUCUGAGCAAGGCUGGUGUUAGUGCAAUCAGAAGGUUGAGGAAGACAGACAACAACAGAAUUGCAAAGGCAUGUGGGGCUGUUAUUGUGAAUAGACCCGAUGAGUUGCAAGAAUCUGAUGUUGGUACAGCAGCUGGGCUGUUUGAGGUUAAGAAAAUUGGAGAUGAGUUCUUCUCCUUCAUUGUUGACUGCCAGGACCCAAAGGCAUGUACGGUUCUUUUGAGAGGUGCUAGCAAGGAUCUCCUCAAUGAGGUGGAAAGGAACUUGCAGGAUGCUAUGGCUGUCGCCAGAAACAUACUUAAGAACCCAAAACUUGUUCCUGGAGGUGGUGCUACCGAGUUAACUGUAUCUGCUACACUAAAGCAGAAGAGUUCUUCUGUUGAAGGCAUUGAAAAGUGGCCUUAUGAAGCAGCAGCCAUAGCUUUUGAGGCAAUCCCACGAACUUUGGCCCAAAAUUGUGGUGUUAACGUGAUCCGAAAAAUGACCGAGUUGCAAGGGCUACAUGCAAAUGGAGAGAAUGCAUGGAUCGGUAUUGAUGGGAACACCGGUGAAAUCACUGACAUGAAAGAGAGGAAGAUAUGGGAUGCUUACAACGUGAAGGCACAAACAUUCAAGACAGCGAUAGAAGCAGCUUGCAUGCUUUUGAGGAUUGAUGACAUUGUUAGUGGAAUCAAGAAGAAACAAGCCCCUGGGGCUGGUCCAUCCAAGCCACAGGUGGAGACCGAAGCUGAUGCUGAUGGCGAGCAGAUUCUCCCCGACUGAAAAAUAUGCUGCUCUUUAACUCACUGUAGAGUCGAUCUGCUUUUGAGGAGCCUUUGGAGGAAAGCUCGUUCCGGUCCGCAACUCGUGAUGCUCAUUUAUGCCCUAGAAUUUUACCGAGUGCGUCUGACAUUGCUCACCUCAACUUUUUUGCCUUGCUGUGUGGUCAAUUCUAUUCUGACCGAGUGUUUGGUUGAAACAAUCUACUGUAACUGAAAUUUGGUUCUUUCGGAGGAUGGUUUGUUUUUGACAAUAUCUAGAUUUCAGAAAAUUCUAUUUCUUUGUGAAUUGAUGCCUUGUGGAGUUGUGGUUAGAUUGAUAUAUGUUGUAGCAAUUGUUUAUCCUUGGCAAUGUUGAAGCGAAUGACUUCGGUCCAUUUGAGGUUGUUCAUAAUUUGGAGAACUUGAAUUGAACUUCAUUCCCAUCCGGGCGAUGGACCAUUUCACCAAUUAAUCCACUUCUUCUUCCUCGGAGCUUCGUUGGAAGCCUCUUCUCGUUGGCUAACUGAAAUAUGUGGAAUAGAGUUUUAGGCUGUCA